AUGGACAACAUCCCCGCCAUUGUCACGCAUGCAAUAUCGUUAGGCUGCGUCACGCAAGCCUUCAGCGCUUUGUAUGAGCCGUCACCGUUAUCCGACUUUGCCGCGAAACAGUAUGGCGGCCAGUCUGUCUAUCUCACCGUCGUUGGCCUCGCGAUCACUUGGAUCUACUUUGCACUGGCACUUCAUCGCGACUUCACAGACAGCCGCGCCGCAGAGAUUAAUGCACAAGCAUUUGGAGCCGUGGCCGUUCCAUUAGAGACGCUCAUAUCUAUCCUGUACUGGGGCAUCAAGACGGCCAAACCGGAACUGAUGAUCCCACCGAUAGAAGCACUCGUUCUUCCCAUCAAGCUCGAUCUUGCGCUCCACCUCAUGCCCGUCGUCCUGCUCUGGUUCGAUUUUCUGGUCUUCCAGCCCCCCUUCAACAAGAGCUUGCGACCAGACUACAUCGCCGGCCUCGGUCUGCUAGCCUACUGCACUCAUAUUGAGAUUGCUGCAGUCAAAAAUGGACGCCUGCCAUACCCGUUCCUCCGCUUGGAAGCACCUUUUGAGCGAUUGGCGAUCUACGUCGCUUCUGCCGGCCUCUUUGUGGUCCUCUUCAAGCUCAUCAACGGCUUACACGUACAAGUCGAUCGACUACUAGACCGAAAGACAGUUGAAGCUGAACAAUAUGCCGAGGGCGAAGUAGACAUUAUGGACAAACAAAAGUGA